CUAAAUGCUUCCUUUGUAUUGUAUAUAUACAGUUCUUCGCUGUUUCUUCUUCCAUUCCAUUCAUUCACCUUUUCAUUCAAUCAUCUCUUCCUUCCCUUCUCUUCUUUCUUUCACUCUCUUUAUAUAACUGUUGACAUAUCAAUCAUCAUCAUUAUCAUAAAAAACAGUUAGCAUGAAUUGAAGGUCUAUAAUUAUAGUAUAUAUAAAGCAAACUUAAUAUAUGUUAAAAUCUAUGGAACUCCCUGAUUGUAUCUAUAGUAGCCAACCAGUUACCAUUCUCCCAUGUGCUCCAACACCAAAACAUUCUCUCUAUCUCUCUAAUCUUGACGACCAAAAGUUCUUGAGGUUCUCCAUUAAGUAUAUGUACCUCUUCAAGAAAUCCGUGAGCUUGGAUAUCUUGAAGUCGUCUUUAUCAAGAGUUCUAGUGGAUUAUUACCCUUUAGCUGGAAGGUUGAGGAGGACUAGCUCCCAAGAUGAUCACAAGCUUGAGGUGGAUUGCAAUGGAGAAGGUGCUGUGUUUGCCGAGGCUUUCAUGGACACUACUACUCAAGAAUUACUUGAACCUUCCAAGACUCCAAACAAGUCAUGGAGGAAGUUCUUGUAUAAGGUCGAAGCUCAGAGUUUCCUAGAUGUCCCCCCUCUUGUAGUCCAGGUAACAAGUCUGUGCUGCGGGGGAAUGAUCCUGUGCACCGCGAUCAGCCACUGCCUAUGCGACGGCAUCGGCACGUCUCAGUUUCUCCACGCUUGGGCCCAACUCACCGCCAAGCCCCAAGCCCAUUUGACCAUCAUGCCCUUUCACUGCCGACACCCUCUAAAGCCCAGAAAACCCCCACAAGUAAAGUUCCGGCAUCCGGGAUACACCGCAGCAAGCCCAAGCCCUCAAGUGAACCUCUUCAACCUGAUACAGUCACACCCCUUGGUACCCACAUCCCUCACCCUCACCCCUUCCCACCUCCUUUGCCUCAAGAAGCAGUGCAUCCCCCCUCUCAAGUGCACCUCAUUCGAAGCAGUUGCGGCGCACACGUGGCGCUCUUGGAUUCGAUCACUUAACCCAUCACCGCCCUCCACUCUCCUUGUCAAACUACUGUUCUCGGUCAACGUUAGAACAAUAGUUAAUCUACCACACGGGUAUUACGGAAACGGGUUUUUACUAGCGUGCGCUGAAAGCACCGUAGAGGAUUUAGUGAAGGGCAAGCUUGAGCAUGGUGUGAAACUUGUGCAAGAAGGCAAGGCGAGGUUGAAAGAUGAAGAGUACGUAAGAUCAGUGGUUGAUUUGUUGGAGGACAAGACGGUAAAAACAGAUCUUUCUACUACUUUGGUUAUAUCACAGUGGUCUAAACUGGGUUUGGAAGAGGUUGAUUUUGGAGAGGGUAAGGCUUUGCAUAUGGGUCCUUUGACCACUGAUAUUUACUGCUUGUUUUUGCCGGUUAUGGAUGAUGUUGACGCCGUGAGAGUGGUAUUGUCUGUGCCGGAGAACAUGGUCGACUCUUUUCACUAUCACAUGAAACAAGGUUGGCAAACUAAACAACAAAAUGGAGAUGAUGAUAACAAUGGGUAUCAUGAAAAUGGAUUCCUAUGA